AUGGAUGAGAGGGCUGGGUUCGAGAAUGACAGCACAACAAGUACCGAUGAGGCUCCGGAUCCAACGCCGUCCAGCAAUGCGUCAGGCUCUCGUAAAUCCAAGGCCAAACGGAAUGAUGAUGGUCAAGCAGCCAAGCGCCGAUGCUGCGAUGGAAAUCUCCCUAGUUGCGCCGCCUGUUCAUCCGUAUACCAUACGCCAUGCAUCUACGAUCCAAACUCCGAUCAUCGCAGGAAAGGGGUGUACAAGAAAGAUAUUGACAACCUUCGAACUCGGAACACAACCUUACAAACGCUCAUACACGCGAUCUUGAAUUACGACGAAGACAGUGCAUUCGAUUUGGUUCGCCAAAUUCGCCUAUGCGACAGCUUGGAGGAUGUAGCAGACGCUAUCAUAAACCAAGAACGAGGGCUAUCGAAUCCUCCCGUCACGAACCAGCGCGAACAAAUUAUCGAGGAUAACACGGGAACAGACCAAUUUGAAUACGAGCUUGCAGGGAAGAUGAGCGAGUUGAUGCUUGAUGGGUCCGUCAAGUUCAUUGGUGGCACAUCCAAUCUGUUAUUCCUCCCGCGGGAUCUACAACAACAAGACGAUGAGAAUGCAUCUCGCGAUAUGUUGAACUUGAAGCAGGGAUCAAGGUUUUCGGUCGCCCAGUGGACAAGGGUCACGGAUGAUGAAGCGUUGGUCAAGCAUUUGAUGAACAUGUACUUCACCUGGCAUUAUGCGUAUUUCACUACGCUUUCCAAAAGUCUCUUUUACCGAGACUUCCGGCGUGGCCAGCCUAGCUCAUACUGCUCGUCCUUUUUGGUGAACACAAUGCUGGCCCUAGGUUGCCACUUCAGUUCAUGGGCGGGUGCUUAUGAACAUCCAGAAGACACUGCGACCGCGGGUGAUCACUUUUUCAGGGAAGCAAAACGGUUGUUAUUGGAGCACGAUGAACAUGAAAAGGCCAGGCUUUGCACUGUGCAGGCACUAGCAUUAAUGUCUGUUCGGGAAGCAGGCUGUGGCCGGGAAGGUAAGGGCUGGGUUUACAGUGGCAUGAGUUUUCGAAUGGCCUAUGAUCUAGGGCUUAAUUUUGGCGCCACGAACCUGGGUGCAAGCAAGUUGAUUGAGGAAGAUAUUGAUGCUCGAAGGAUCACUUUCUGGGGCUGCUAUCUGUUUGAUAAAUGCUGGUCCAACUACCUAGGCCGUCAGCCACAGUUAUCACUAGCCGAUGCCACAGUCCCAAAGUUUGACGUCUAUCCUGCAGAGGAAGCGGAGCCAUGGGUACCAUACACAGAUACUGGCAUUGGGCGAGAACGGUCACAACCUGCGCGAACUCGAGCAGUAGCCUUACAGAUUUCAAAGCUUUGCGAGAUCAGCAAUGAUCUUUUGGCCUUUUUCUACCAUCCCAUGCCUUCCGAAAAGCAGCCUUCACGCCAAGCCGAACUCUCCAAGCUCAGUGAUCUCCACACCCGGCUCGAGGCUUGGAAGAAGGGCCUACCAGCGGAAAUGGACCCUAAAGACGGUCAACUACCACCUGUAUUGCUUAUGCAUAUGUUUUAUCAACUUCUCUUCAUCCAUCUAUAUCGCCCUUUUCUCAAAUAUACCAAAUCAACAUCCCCCUUACCGCAACACGUCUCACCACGAAGACUAUGCUCACAAGCUGCGGCCGCCAUAUCUAAACUUUUACGAAUCUACAAGAAAUCAUACGGUUUACGACAAAUUUGUAACAUUGCAGUGUACAUCGUUCAUUCCGCUUGCACGAUUCAUCUCUUGAAUCUGCCGGACCGCAAUGCUAGAAGAGACCUCAUCCACGGUGUGCGAAACUUGGAAGAAAUAGGCGAAGGAUGGCUCUGCGCUCGACGUACGCUAAGGAUUCUUGACCUGUCUGCUGUCAAAUGGCAUAUCGAAAUACCGAACGAAGUCACUACAGUUUUUGACCGCACUCGUGUCAAAUGGGGUUCUUGGGGCCAUUGGGAUCAAGUGACUUCGCCUAGUGUGUCCGACACAUCGUCCAUAUCAGCAAGUGCUACUAUGAGCGUACCUGUCACUCACCAAAAACACGAUAAUUUCUACACAUCAUCUACACUCCCACAACAGCAACCGGGAUUGUCCCCAGUCAACCGACGAACAGCUUAUCCUACAAUUCCCACCAUUCAGCAUCCGAUGGCCUCAGCUGCUCAACCCACACACUAUCCCGACCAACUAGAAACUCUACCUUUUGUAACCUACCCUCCAGCUACGACUCAGACCUCACCACCUACUACCAUGUCCCAUCUUUAUGCAAAUCAAGGUAUGGCUUAUGCCCAGCCUAACGGUGGAUACCAAACCCAACAGAACACAAUGAGUAUGAGCAGUCAAGAUGUCUCCUGCAACAAUUCCAACAGCAGCAACAGUCCAGUGGCAGUAAGCGGCACUCCACCAAUGCCUGUCUUCAACGGAUUGACCGAAAACAUGAUGGAGGAGAACCAAGACUGGUGGAUGCGUGAUCAAAGCGCCCUGGCCUUGGGACUAGAGAAUUGGGGUGAAGGAUGGGCAGGAAACCAGUUCAUGAACCUCAACCUUCCUGCUCGUCCGCCUGCCACGUCUCAUGUUUCUCGUUCUUCUGUUCAUCCGGGCCAUCAAAACCGUCAUCCAGACGGCCGCAACGCAGUUGAUAUGCAGUCUCAUACCAAUGACGACGAAGUGCUAAACGACCUACAAUUGACAGGUAACAACCCCCAAGACGGAGUCAGCCAUGCUUAUGGUUACCAAAACAUGCUUCCAUCGGGCUAUCAAUGA